CAUGAUUUCACACCAAUGAGCAUACCGCGUGGAGCUCCCACUCGCUGGCAUCAGAAACACUAGAUAUCUUCAGUCCUGAGCUACACAGAUUCAUACAAAUAUACACGAGCACUGACUAGACGGUGGCUGUGACCUGCCAAAACUCCUUUGGGAACAGGCGGUGAUAGAAGAGAAGGAGUCCUGCCACUCUCACACACACCGGACUCAAGCAGGAUCUGCACCAUGAAGACCAGACUAGGCUGCCUGUCCAACAAAUCUGACUCCUACAGCGACUUCUCAGAGUUCCUGCCUCCAGCCCAUGAAACCACUGCCAGGUGUCUGAAACUUUCAACGGAUGAAGUCGUCCGAUGGUCUGAAUCGUUUGAUCACCUCCUGUCUCACAAAUAUGGCCUCGCUGCUUUCAGGACCUUUCUCAAGACGGAGUUCAGCGAUGAGAAUAUUGAGUUUUGGAUGGCCUGUGAAGACUACAAGAAAAUCAAAAGCUCAGCCAAGCUUGUGUCAAAAGCGAACAAGAUAUUCAGGGAGUUCAUUGAUGUUCAGGCACCAAGAGAGGUAAAUAUUGACUACCGCACCAGGGAAAGGACCAAGCAGAACCUGGAGGACCCCUCCCCGACCAGCCUCAAUGAGAUCCAGGCUAAAGUGUACAGCCUCAUGGAGAAGGACUCCUACCCACGGUUCCUCAGGUCCAAGAUGUACCAAGAUAUAGUGAACAGGACGCAUGCACAAGGCCAGAGGAGGUCGGUAUGACCAGAACUGAUGACGGCGCCUACAGACAUGGAACUGGACCGCUACCAUAUCCAUCGACCCUCUGACGUCAUUUCCGAAUACUGUGAUGAAGAAGGAUGUGGUGACACGCCUGACUGUUUCUGUUGUCUUCACCAGCUCCAUGCAUGACAUCCCUCUAAAUAAUACUCAUCUUGGUGGACUGCACUAAUGUGAAGGCGAAUGGAUGAGGAGAAGCUCAUCGUGUUUUACCUCUAUGUAGUGCUGGGUGAUGUAUCUGAAAAUAUCACAGUAAAAAUCAUCAUAUCAUGCAAUAACAAUAUUUAUCAUCUAAAAUCUCACUGAUAAUGCAAGGCUAUAAAAUCACAAGCAAUUCUUGAUUUUGUAAAAAAUAUUUUUAUAUCUGAGGUUGUUUAUCUGAGGUAUGAAUGCAACGACAAACAGAAAGCUGUGGAUGAAAGCUUUUGAUUUAGGUAUUUUGUUGUGGUGCACUUUAUUUUCCUCAGGAAUAACAAUUCAGGCACUGCUCUUUUUUUUUUUUUGGACAGAAGUAUUUUAAUUUACUUUGAGGUGGGCUUGUAGUAUUCAUUAAAAAAAAAAAAAGAAAGCUAAAUAUUGUUAUUGUUCUGUCUAUCACCCAGCACUAGUUCUAUUUAUCUUUGUGAAAUAGAAACUGUCGUAUGCAGGUAUUUAGACCUGUCUGUCGCUGUUUGUGUGUUUACAACGAACAACAAACUAAGUGAAGACUUAUUAUCUGAAACUGUGCCAAAUUAGAUUGCACUUAGAUGUUGCUAUAGUGACAUAACCCUGUGUAUUGUUAACUCUUGCGGGUAUGUUGUGUGACAUUAAAUGUGGUGUACAAAGCAGGGUUUAGUUUUAUUUUGCUUUCACUUCAUUCAGCUCAGUUUAGAACGUUUAAAGUUUUGUAAUUCUUGCUUACUUAGAUACGCUACAUCACUGUCUUUAAAUUCUCUUUUCUAUCAUUUCAGUCUUAUGAUUUUAGGAUUAUUUCACGUGAAAGUUAAUGAAUUUAAAUAGCAUUUUAUUUUAGUCUUUCUGUCUGUGUCACUGCAAAAUGUA